GAUAAAAAAAUUCUAAAACAUUAGUGUUCCUUACAUUCUUGAAGAAAGUUUAAUAUCUCUAGUAUUCUUAAGGCUUUUAAGAAUAUAUAUAGGGAUAGAUAUUCGCUUCUUUGCUGUUAGCUAGUGCCUGGCUUCGUCCUCCACACCACCUUUCCCUUUGACCAGUAUCGCAGUUAUACGUCCGUUCCUUCUACCCCAACUUUUAUCAUGUUGAAAGCAUUCAAGUCCAGCUCCAGCUCCAGCUCGCUGGCACCUCCAGCCUCCAAACCCAGUAUACUGGUGAGCACUUCAAACCUCCAUCGGAAUAAAUCGGUGCAAUCCACCAAGUCCAUGUCAUCUGUCAAAUCAAACACGUCACUCAAUUCAGGCAAAUCGAUGAGUUCCAUGUCGCUGCACUCAUCCCACUCGGCUGAACAGAACAUCAAACAUCUGACAAUUCUCAGCCCCAUUAACCAGAGCCCGUUGGUGCCUAACUACACUGCCUAUAAGUUUCUUAUAGUGGAUGAUAAUCUCAUCAACUUAAAGAUUCUCUACAAGAUUCUCAACAAGUUGUUUCCCAAGGCGUUGAUAGUCAAGUUGAACAAUAGUUCCACCGUGUUGAAGCUCGUGGAGCAGGAGAAGUUUGACUUGAUUUUCUUGGAUAUCGAAAUGCCUCCUAUAAACGGUAUCGAGAUUUCAAAGAGAAUCAGAAGCACCAAGAAGUUUAACCGCAUGGGGUUGAUUGCUGUCACCACUCGGUCCACCGAGAAGGACAUGAAGAUUUACAAGAAGAUUGGAAUCGACUUUACUUUCAAAAAGCCUUUGAACUGCAACUUAAACUUGAUACUUAACAACAUAGAAAUCAUUCUUAAUUUCCGGAAAAAUAAGAAGGAUUAAUGUUGACGACCCUUAUGACCCUUUUGUGUAUAUUAUUGUAAGAUAGAAGAAAUGAAGACAAAUGCUUAAAUAUAGUGAUGUAGGCGUGGGUGGUCGCCCGGUAAAUUAAGAGGAUUUCGAU